UAUGCGUAAUCAUGCGUGUAUAUACGACGAUGCAACUCGACCAGUUUCCGUUGACGACGAGAACGCAACAAGAGAGCGACGUUUCUUUCUUUCAGUGUCGCCAGUAUCCUUGUCAGUGUUGGGAUAUAACCGGCAAUGUUUCUCUAGACUCUAGCGCCACGCCGUGCUUAAAAGACCUGCGAAAUGGGCGCGUCUGUUCCCGCGAGCGCUUUCUGGAUGCCCUUGCUCUAUUGUCUCUCCGCACUCCCGAGGAACGCCCUCGCCCUGGAGGAGUGCGACUGGACGAGCAAGCAUCUCGGCGUGGCGAACGUCAGCGUCAUCAUCGAAGCUUCGGACGCCAUAUUAUUCGGCGGAUGCUACACCGAGGGCUCGAACUACGUGUUUUCCAAGAGGGUGGGAUACAAGGCGAAGAAGGGCGUCGCGGAUGAAACCGUCAUAGUCUCCAAAUACGCCAGCGACGGCCUCGUGAACGCCUCGAAUGUAGCCAUCUUCCUGAGGAAAUUGGAGGACGGUUCCGGGUACGGUCUGCUGGACCAGAGGCUGGAGCCGAAAGACAUGAACCCCAAACCGCUGUAUUUCCUGAAAUGUCUCGAGUACCAUUUCCUUCGGGAGGAAGAGCCUAACAUCCUAGUGACCACCGACUACUUGCAGAAGGACUGGAGAUCACAGGAUCUGUAUUACAUCGAAGAGGGACGUGAAGUCACCUUAAAAUGCGACAAUUUAUCAAAAAUUCCUGACAUUCAUUGGGACUUGCCGUUGCAACAAGUGGAGUCUGGAAAAUUCGUUAAUGCAAGUCUCAGCGGCAACUAUUCCUGUAGACUACAGUUGGGCGACAGGCAGUCUCGUAAGGACUCCGUCCGUAUCGUAGUGCUAGGUCCGAAUUCGACCAUGCUGUCUCUGUCUUCGGCUUCGCCGAACGUCACAAUUCCUUACGGAGAUGGCUUCCAAGUCCCCGUCCAGUGGAACGCCUCCUUCUUGGCUUAUCCAAAGGACGCCUUCUUCACUUGGAAACACGAAGGAACUACAGUAGGGACAUUCUCUUGCGACUCCGGACCGAACGUCAGGUUCGCCUGCGACUACGCCCAGGGUCACGUGACCCUGACGCUCGAGACACCCACGCUACGCGACGCUGGGAACCACGCCCUCGAAGUCGCUGUGAGGAGGGACGGCAAGGUGAUCCUGGAGGAGGAAGUCUCCUGGCAGCUCGAGGUCCUAAGUCCUGACCUGGAGGUCACACUCGUCCUCCAGACUGCAGACGGCACCGAGGUCCUUCAGGGAGACAUCCUGGAGAAGCACCAGGACUUCCUCCUCGAGUGCAGGGUCCUUGGACACCCAGUGGCGAACCUCACCCUUGAGUUUCACCCUUGUGGAUCUCUCGAGAACUGCUCCUCGGAACGUUUCCUGGAUGAUGAGAAUCAGCCGAAACUCCUGGAUAGUCACUCCACCGAGCUGGAAACCCUUAAGGCGGAGAAGGUCCGGGUUUGGCGAGGCAGUGCCCAUGCCCUGGGCAUUUACCUGUGUGUGGCCCAGGACGACAGUGGCGGCAGGUUUCCCAGCAGGAGGGUGCCCUUGGCCGUAUCAGAUGAUGGACAGAAUCUGCCAAUAGUAAUUGAGACGGAGAUCAAGAUGAAGGAAUAUGAUGAGCCAUAUUGUUCUAGAAACUCUUCUUCUUCUUCACUCGACGAACUUAUAACCGGAGAUGACGUCACAGUGAGGUGCAGGAAGAACAAGAUGGCGGACAUAGAGGAUGACGACUUUCUGUGGCGUUUUCCUCAGGACUUCUGCGGUGAAUGCGAGAACAUCAUGAAAGAAGAGGAGGAAUAUGCCAUAGUCCUGAAAUGGAAGCUUGAUCAAGACCUCAUGCGUUACAACGGCUCCUCAUUCAGGUGUGGGUCUUUAGCCAAAGAAAUCAUCGUCAGAGAGCCCGUGGCACCAGAACUCGUAGACCAUAAACCGUUCGAAGAAGUAGUCCGCGAGCUGGAGAAACUGACCCCCAGGACCAAGAUGAACUUCUCCUGCAGAGGGCGUGGUUCGCCUAACCCCGUCGUGACCUGGACGAAGGACGGCGCCCCUCUGGAGAAGAGUAACGAUCACAUCCAGGUUGUCGGAGACACUCUUAGGAUCAACGGUCUCUUCGAAGGGGAUUCGGGCGUCUAUAAGUGUAACGUCUCUAACAGAGCAGGCUGGAAGCACGACGAAGUGACCAUCUUCCCUCAUAGCAAUGGCCGCCAUUUCUACUACCUGAUCAUUUUAAUCGUCGGUGUCGCCUGCAUCGUCAUCGCCUUCGUUGGAUGCGUUCUUUACGCCGCCAAGGCCAAGUGCCAACAACACUCUCUGUUGAAGAAGACGGAGCUGGAAUUGUUCAGGAAAGGAGCUCCCGAAUAUCUCAAUCCGUCACUGGAGCUGGUGCAGCAAGCGGAGCUCCUCCCCUAUGAUAUGUGCUUCGAGAUCUCCAGGUCUCGGGUCGUCUUUGAGAAACUCCUGGGCGAGGGAGAGUUUGGGCAGGUGUUCAAAGCGAAGGUGAACUACCUCCUCCCGCACGAGGAACAGACGACCGUGGCCGUGAAGAUGGUCAAGUCGAAGUUUGACCCUUUGCACAUGAAAGGUCUGAAGUCGGAGGCGAAGAUCAUGAUUCACAUCGGAAAGCAUGCCAACAUCGUCAACCUCCUCGGAGUCUGUUCUUCUAGCAUCGCUAUAGAUGGCGACUUCCUUGUCCUAGUUGAUUACUGCAAGCAUGGCAACCUGCAGGAGUACCUGACCCGACACAAGAAGAACUUCGUUCCGGACGGGGGCACUCCCCUCUCCUUCAGGUCUGACAACCAGACGGAGUUGACCUCAGAGAACGAUCCUGAAACAUUGUCUACAGGGACACACUCCAAGACCCAUUGCGGAUUCGGCACUAGCAGAGAUGACGUGACAAAGAGUGGUGGGCCUUUUACUCCACCUUCGCCCCUCCUCAGAGUCGAGAACCCGGCCUAUCAGUUCAUGUCCUACUCCAGCCUCCUCGCAUCUACGAAGGACACUGCCUGCUGUGUGACACCAGCUCCUUCAGUUUACUCAGACAUGGCCUCCGAGAAACAGCAGAUCUUCCCCAACGACCUCAUCGUGUGGUCAUACCAGGCCGCCAAAGGGAUGGAGUAUCUCUCCACGAGAAAGAUUGUUCAUGGCGAUCUUGCUGCUCGGAAUAUCCUCCUUGACGAGAACUAUGUUGUCAAGAUCAGCGACUUCGGAUUCGCCAAAGAUGUUAACCACGGGAACUACAAGAAGAGUAGCAAGUCACCGAAAUGCCCCAUGCCCGUGAAGUGGAUGUCCCCAGAGUACCUCAGGGAGGGCGUGCGCUCCAUCCAGAGCGACGUGUGGGCGUACGGCGUCGUCCUGUGGGAGAUCUUCAGUCUAGGGAACGUUCCUUACUGUGACAUGAACAUUGACGAAGGUUUCGUUCGGAUGAUCGAAGACGGCUACAGACUGCCAUGUCCAAGAUACACCCAAGAGGAAGUAUACAGAAUGAUGCUGAAGUGUUGGCAGAGGAGACCCAUGGAAAGACCUUCCUUCACAGCUCUGCUAAACGAGAUGAGGCCUUUGCUCUGUGUAAGACAAGCCGAGCACUUCGACUCCAUUAACAAGCCGUAUGACAUGCAGACGAUGAGCACCUUCUUGGCUUCCCUCCAGAAGCCAAAUUACGAAACUCUGACGAACCCCCAGGGUCCUGAAGAUCUGCAAGUCUCCCCAGAGUUCAGUGACUCCCUGAGAGCCUGGGAAACAGAUAAAUCUCCCACAGUCAUGGUCACUUCUCCCAGUGAAGCAAGCUCUGGUUCCCACUGCAGAAGAGAUAUUGCAAUCAAUUCCGACGGGUACCUGCGAAUGAGCUUGUGUACUGCAUCUAAGUGUAUCCCUGAUGUUCCAGAAAAAUAAUCUCAGGUUGUCUUUCAUGUUUCAGAAAGCGUCCCUGUGUGCCUAUGAUGUUUAAUGAAUUAUCUCGGGGGAUCACUAAUGUUCAAGUGUCCAAAAUUAUCUAAUGUUCCAAAAAAUGUCCCCAGUGUCUAAUGCUUUAGAAAAUGAUCCGUUGUGCUUCAAAUGUUUAGGGAAAUGUUACAAUAUAUCUUUUAUCUUUUGAAAAUGUCCCAGUGUGAUUGUGUCUAGUGUUCACCUUAGUGUCCCCUAAUUUUUGAAAAAUAAUCCAAAAUGUCUAAAUCUUAAAAAACAACUUCCAGUGCCUUCAUAUUGUUUUGAUGAUGUCCAGAUAGCAUCCCAGUGUUUAGACUGGGCUCUCCAGUAUUCAGAUGAUGUCCCAUUGUUUAUAUUAAGCACAACUUUUUUACAAGUAGGGCUUUGAUUAAAUACUGAGUGAGUGGUUAUGUCUGUGCCCUUGCUAGAUAUGAUUUGAUGUGUCUAUCAGUAAACCCCCUGUAUUCGCGGGGGAUGGGUACACCAGACCCCCUGCCGAAAAGCUAAAAUCCGCAAAUACAUGAAACCACUUAAAAAUGCUUAGAACUACCUAUUUUGAUAGUUAAAACACACACACACAAACUUUAAAAAAUGCUUAUGCCUGAAUAUUUUAAUAGUUUUAUCACAAAAAGUGCAUUUAGUCACGAAAAUGAUGUGAAAAUACAGUAAUUUGUAAGUAUUUCUCAGUGAAAAAUACUGCGAAUACGCGAGUUUUCCGCGAAUAAUGGGUAUAUAUGGUCGUUAAAAAAAUGUGCGAGUCCUCUAAUCGUGAAUCCGCGCGUACAGGGGUUAUAAUUGGUCUGGUUAAACUAUUUUAAUAAUAAUGAUAAUUGAUAUGUCCAUAAUGCAAGUACAAAUUGAAUCUGCAAAAUACUCAGAGUACAAAGCAAAUCAUUCCUGUCCCAUCUCUUCUCUUUGUGUCAUCUUACUAAUAUAUCCACUUCCCAAUUUUAGCUUGGGGGGGGAGGGGGGCCUUGGUUAUAGGCUUUCUCUGCCUUAGUCAAGUUUAAGAGCUAAAUAGUAGCCUGAGUUGCAAAAUAUGCUUUCUUAUAGUAUUUGCUCCCUUUUUGAAUGGGAGACACAGAUGAUGACGAAGUUGGUGAUGAUUAUGGUGAUGUAUAUGCUAAUGAAUAUAAUAAUAAUAAAAUGAAUAUCUUACUAUAAUGAGCGUUAUGUCUGUCUGUCCGUCCGUCUGUCCUUCAAUCACGAUGGGCAUGAAACUUGACAGGAUUAUAGUGGGGACCCCUAAGAUGGUUUAUAAUGGGGUUUCAUCCUACCUUGCCCUCUCCCUCUGUAGGGGGUGGGGGUGAGAAGGGAUUCCCUGAAACGGAGCUGGUUCUGCCCGUGAAACAGGGG